CUACCUUUCGCUCUCAUGAUGGCCGGAGCUCCCAUGGAGGUCGGUGGUAGGACACCUCUCCCGGCAAUUGAUGAGGCACUGCUCACAGGUCUCGUCGACCGCUGGCGUCCUGAGACACACACUUUCCACUUUCCUUUUGGUGAGAUGGCAGUAACACUGCGGGACGUGGCCAUGCUGACCGGGCUUCCAAUAAGGGGUGCCCCGUUAAUAGUUUCGCGACCCGCAAGGGAGCAGUGGAAGGGUUAUGUUGCAGAUAGGUUUGGUGUGCAAUACGACGGGAAGGAUGCUGGCCUCUCCAUGUCCUGGGUUCAUGGGCUGACACAGUUCGGUCCAUGCCCACUGGAUGCGGACGAGAAUACACUUAUGCAACACUAUGAGGUGUACUUAUACGUCCUGCUCGGAGGCAUCAUGUUCUGCAACACGGCAGGCGAUUAUGUCGUCCCACAUAUUGUAUGGUUAGCAGCCCACCUCGCGUCACAUCCUUAUGAGCCUACAUCUUACAGUUGGGGAUCUGCAGUGUUGGCUGCAACCUACAGAGGAUUGUGUGAUGCAACCCAGCGAACAAAGAGGAAGGCAACCAUUACAGGGUGCUUACAUCUCUUACAGUUAUGGAGUUGGGAAUGA